CAACAGUACAUUUAGUAUACGAUACACAAGACGCCGAUUCAAACUAUUCCCUCUCUGCAGCAAUUUCGUCUGGGCCAACUCUGAAUACUGCAGAUGCUUCCAUUGUUGACAGCAGUAAAAGCGUAACAUUCACGGUUGCUUCGUCAUCCAUAAAUUCUCUUGAAUAUGGGACAUAUGCAUUGACCCUAAACUUAACACAGAGAACAAACAAUGUUGUAGAUACAUACUCCAAGGAAUUGAUAAUAUAUUAUGAAGAACCCGUAACAUGCAUUCAGCUGUCUGUUUCUCCAUAUGUGGUGAUUGGCGAAACGUCCUUUUUAAAUGUUACUUUGGAUGGUUCAAACAUCGAAACGGAAUGGUACUUUGACCAGAAUGAAACUUGUACUUACGAGCAUGACGGACAAGGCAUGCGGAGUAUCAACUUCAAUUUUACUUUUUCAGUUGGGGGGUCCGUCAAUAUUACUGUAAUUGCUUCCAACACAAUUUCUGAGGGAAUGACGAAUGCAUUGUCGACAGCACUCCACAGAAUUAGUGGAAUAUCCUUCAUCACCACGACAGGAUCGCUUUUAGAAACUAAACAAACAGCAUUGUUCAAAUUCAUUCUUGAUCCGAUGGCCUUGCAACCUCAAGGACACAUUAAUGUUACAAUAUAUUUUGCUGAUGGCUCUCCUCAUGAAGAAUACCAGCUAUACAAUGAAAUGUCACUCACGACAAUGCAAAUGAAUGGAUUUCAAUUGCAACAUAUUUUCAAUAAGCAAGGUAACUUUUCUGUGAUGGCAACAUUGAACUCUGAAGUUGAUAUCAAAGAGUACACUACAGAUGUCUAUGUUUGGGAUAAGUUGGACAAUGUGAGUCUGACCUGUAGCCAAACGUAUGUCGAAGUAAAGGAAGAAAUUUCAUUUUCAUUUUCUAAUCCUCCAAAUUCCAAUUUCCAGUAUUUGAUUGAAUAUGGCGAUGGUUCGUCGGAGGCUAAUUCUGCCUCGGAGCUUUUUAAGAAUUACUCACUUGGGACGCCGUGGAAUAAAUCAUAUGAUUCACCUAACGUAUACCAUGUCAGAGCAACACUUUUCAAUCCAUUCCACACUCAAACAACUACUCUGAUAAUCACAGUUGAACACCCAAUUAUACAACAUGCGUUUCAUCUAUCUCCCACAACAAACGUAAUUCCCGUGCCCGAUGGAAAUGAGGUAUUCACGCUGAGCUAUACCAGCACCGAACCUCCACCUACUAAUAUUCUAUGUACUUUCGAUUAUGGAGACGGUGAUAUCGAAACUAAUCUAUCUUCAGUUAUAUCGAAUAACAGUCCUAUCAUAAAAUCGCAUACAUACAAGGCAAGUGGUCGAUAUAUUGUUCAGUUUUCUUGUUUAAAUCGAGUGAGUUCAAUGCACACGACUUCAACUAUAGACGUGCAGUCCUACAUAAUGAGCGAUUUUAACAUAAAUUACGGAAACAACGUAAAACUUAUGAAUAUGACAACAUUGCAAGUUAAACCAGAUGCAACUUACAGACACAAUGCAAUAUCUAAACCUAUACCGGUAAAUGUGGAUUUUCAUAUAUCUUUAAAAAACUGUUCAAGAAUGCCAUCAAAUAUUGAGGUCAGUUGGAACUUUGACGACCAAAGAAUUGAAUACGGAAUACAAGAGUCUUUCCUUAAAAGCCACGAAUUCACUCAACGAAAAAACCAUUCUAUGACGUUUACCUUCAACUUCACGCCAAACAAUACAAAGCAUUCAUUUUAUUAUUGGCUUCAAAUGGGAUUAGUCAAAUUUACCGUUGAUGAACAAGUAGGACUCGUUUCAGAAAAAUACUUUCACUUUUCAGCAGUUGGUAUGGAGAAUGCAAUCUAUACUUUUGAUCCUGGCUCCAGUAAUGUUUAUAUGAAGCCAGCACACGAUUCAGCAAAUGUGACGUAUAAUGGGUACGGUACCUUCUUGCCUAAGGUGACGGCUCGGAAUAGUACUAUGACGGAAGUGGUGUACUUAGGGGACACAGUGAAAGCAGAUUUUGCUUUAGAAAAGGAGCUAUCAAUCUCUGUUUCUAAUACAACCGUCCUACUUCCACCCGGUCAUACAAAUAUAUCUGUAGAGUCUAAUACAGCUUUACCGUUUGUGACAUGCAGUUUCACAUCAGGAGAUAUCAUUGACAAAAAGGUUUAUUUGCAGACAGCAAAUAUCACGCCGUCGGAACCUAUGAUUUUCCGUUACACGUAUUUAACCUUAGGCAGACACAUUCUAACAUUUAACUGCUCAAAUUAUGUCGAGGUCCUCAUAUUAAGUAACCUCACUUUGUUAAUACACAACCCUUGCUUUACCUAUCAUGGUAUUUUUGAUCGUAAAUACGCUUUAUAUGAAAACCCGAUGAAAGCAUACACAUCGAAGGAUGUCUAUGUUUCCAGCAGAAUGGAAGUGAUCUGUAUCGGAAAAACACCAGGUUUUGAAUGGAACACGUUCAAGUGUAUGGAUGCAUUAAGCGCAGAGAGUUGCAACAAUACGAUCCCAAUUAACCCUACCCAAGGUACAAAUGUCUUUCGUCGCGGACACAUUGCACCAGGUAUCUACCAAAUAUCGUUAAAUGUUUCAUUGGAUAAAACAUGGAUAAAAGAGUAUAUGUACAUUGAGUUUAUAAAGCCACCGCCAUAUGCUUUCAUCAUCGGUGGAUCAAAAAGGCCAGUGAAAUUUAUAGACGAAACGAUUGAGAUCGAUGCAUUUACAGGAUCAUAUGAUGGUGCAACUGGACAUGGGAAUAAUAAAAAUCUCUCGUUUUCCUUUGUGUGCAAAAUGUUUUCUUCAAAUGACUAUCAAGAGAUAGAGGAAUCGUUCACCAAUCGUGCAAGCACCGGGGACUGUACGCUAGUAGGUGUUGAAAGUGGGAAAGGAACACUUAACGUAACGACAGCGCCAGGUUACGCUGUGACUGCAAAUGUGAGCGAUGGACAGAAGUUUUCAAUUUUUACACAAUUUCUGAGUAUUCUAGAAGGGAAUCCUCCAAAUAUGUUAUUAAAUUGUAGCAUAAACUGUGGCGAAAAGUACGCUAUAACGGCCAAGAUGAACGUGUACGCAAGGUGCUUGGAUUGUCAUCCCGAGGAGACUCUCCAAUACUCUUGGAGUCUUUUGAAGGUCACAAAUGGAAUAGAAAAUGAGGUCCUCGAUUUUGCGAAUAAAUCAGCUACAGGCCUUGACACUGCAACAAUGGUUAUAAAGGAAAAAUCGUUUGAAUCAGGAGUCCACUAUGUUUUAAAACUGAACGCAUCUUCUUUAGCCAAAGGUCGAUCGGGAUUUAGUGUGGUAGCAAUGGAUAUCAAAACAAAUUACCCUCCAUAUAACGGGAACUGUAGAGUAGAACCACAAGAAGGAAAGGCUAUGAAAGAUUCUUUUAAUGUAAUUUGCGAAGACUGGGUCGAUGAAGGCUCCAGGGAUACUAAGAAACUCGCCAUCGACAGCGAGGCACAGGAGCCAUUGACAUAUUUGUACGAGACUGUGACGAAAUCAAAUGUUAGUGGAGUAAUAGAGGAAACCACAACUGAAAUACACAGUGGAGAUAUGUAG